GAGAGGAAGGGAAGGAGAAACAGAAAGGGAGGAGUGGUUGUUUGCUGUGUAGGAAGCCGAGGGCAAUAUUCUCGGUGGCGCCGUGCAUGGCUCUCGGGAAAGGGCGGCUCUUGGACGGACAAAGACCACCAGCGCGGGGGGGGCGUUUUUCUUGAUUGUGUUGUACGGCUUUAUGGCGGAUGCCGCGGCUAUGAGCGGCGGUGAGAAAACGCCAGAGCCGCCUCAACGGGCGGGGAGCAGUAGCGGCCUCUCCGUUGGAGAGAACAGAGCUGCAGCAGCUGAAGCGGACGAUUCCACACAAAAUGGCGGCCGCCCUGAGAGAAGCCGAAGCGAUGAGGAGCCGCUGCUAGGGGCCGCCGCUGCCGUAGAGGACAGGGGAUCCCCGCGCAAUGGCCACCGCAAGAGUAGCGUUUCCGCGGCCCAGGAUCAGGCACAGCCACCGCAGCUUAGCGAUGGGCUGGGGGCGUCGCUCCCCAAAGCCUCUGAAGACCUGCCUCUUAAGAAAAACUUUCAGAUUCCCAGGAAGAGCCGAGAAAAGAAAGCUCUUUUUCAGCCGUUAAUGAAAGAAUCUCGUGAAUUUGAAGAUGUGGUGAACAUUUUGCAUUCGUCAUAUUUAGAAAUCCAUUCAAAGGACAACUUCACCUAUAAAAAAGCCAGCUUGGUUCAUAGUGAACUAUUGGAAAAGGAGUUCAUAGAGAGACGACGAGAAUUAAAACGAGAUGGCCGAUCAGAAAAAGAGCUAGUUGAAACGUAUGCAUUUCUGAAGGUUGACCGUGCUCUGGUGCAAAAUAUAUGUGAAAAUGGCUUGCAGGUGGGCCAUUCCAAGAUAACAGCCCUUGGCAGCCCUUCUAUGGGUGUAUAUCUAUCUAAGUAUGCUGAUUUGUUGCAAGCUAAUCCUCUGGAGGCUAGAGCAACUGGUGAUAUUAUUAUUUUUAAAGUAAUAAAGGGAAAAAUGAAAACUAUAUAUGAUAACCUGGGAGCAAUGGACUCAACUGUUAAAAGUGCAUUAGAUCCUACGCCAAAGCAUGAAUGCCAUGUUUCAAAGAAUGCAAACAGAAUUACUUCUGUCUUAACUUAUAGAGCAUAUGAGCGCACACAGUAUUAUUUCUAUGAAUACGGCUUUGACGAGAUCAGACCAAGACCAAGACAUGUAUGCCCAUUCGCUGUUGUAUCAUUUUCUUACAAGGAUGAAAAGGUACAGAAGUAUUUGCCUCAAGCAAGAUCAAAAAUUUCUAAUAUGGAAAAGAGCACUGAUAAGACAAGUUAUACGUUAUGGAAAGGGCAGCUUUUAAACAGAGGGACACUUGUAUGUCAUGCUGCUUUGAAAUCGGAAAUGUGUCCUUCGCUUCCCUGUAAACUACCUGAAAAACUUGAUUUUGAGAUGGUUAUGAGCGUUGAACAUUUGACGAAGUUCUCAUCACGUGUAUUGAAUAAAGAAUUGUAUUCAGGAGAAAGGGAAGAAUUCAGGAAUGGAAUGUAUUGUAGUCUGUAUGAAAUUGUGGAAAAGACUAGAUCGGGAAGUAAUUUGGAAGGUUUACUUCAAAAGCUAGAGACAGACAAACUAGUUAUUAUAAAACCACUUGUAGAUGGAGGAUAUCUCUUACUGCUUUCUCCUCAUCAAAUGGCUUCCCCAUAUGACAACCGGACAGGAAGGCCUCGCACUUUGCAAGCAUUGUUUCUGUUUCGGAAUCCUAGAGGUGUAGUGACUUCAGCACACAAAAAUGAACAGAAAAACGAAAGUACACCUUUAUUACAAGAAACCUAUGUGGUUAUGCCAGAACUUACAAGGUUUAUUCAGUCGCUGCAUUAUGCUUACGUUCAGUUUCGUAAAGAUCCUAAACCUGACUUAAAUAAUGUGAUGGAAAAACAUAUAAAUCACUAUCUGAAACAAUAUAGUAAAUAUAAAGAGUUUAUUUUAUAUAAGUAUAAAGACUCCUUGGAUGAGAAGAGGUUCCUGUAUCCUGCCCCCAAAAAUAAAUCCCACCUUGAGAGCUCCUUGCGCACCUAUAUUUUUGGUUCUGAAAACUACCAGAUUCCUGUUUCUAAAGCCAAAAAAAUAAUGGAUGGGAGUCGAAAAUCUCAGCAGUUCAGUCCUAUUUCAGAUUAUGAAGCUCCAGAAGAAGAACCUGAUUUUAUAAAGAGAAAAAGUGGCAAAAGAAAUGGUUCUAAAUGUGAAACAGUAGUUGCCAAGAGAAAGCCAACUCACCCUGGAGAUUAUGAUCAAGAAAGUAUCGUAAAACUGAUUAACUUAAUUCAUUGUAAAAAGAAAAAUGUAGAUAGAGAAUCUGAAACAGAGGACAAUGGAAACGAAAACAGACUGAAACGAAAGCUGGAAUGUAAGUGUGAGAGCCCACAGAAACAUUUAAAAGUUAACAAUUCUUCAGAAAACACUUGUCAGUAUGAAGGUGACACAGCACCAGAAUCCCUUCUUUCAGUGAUAGCUGAUCUUGGUGGACGUGACACUGAUUUGAGACAGCAAAAUGUUUCUGAAACUCCUGUUAAUGUCUUGAAGCUACUUGCACAAGUGUUAGCUAAUCCAGAUUUGCCAUUUGCAGGAUUGGUUAAACAAGUUUUAGCAGAAAACUAUUCAAGGCAAACUCCUGAGUACAACCCUUUUCCGGUCAAGGAAGAACCUGAGGAAGAUCCUGAGCUUCCUAACACCAUACAUGUUGAAAAUACACAAUUCAAGGAUCCUCAAAACCCAGUCAAACUGGAAACCAAUGCACCAUGCUUGCCUUAUUCCAUUGAUGUCUCUAAUAGUGAAGCAGACACUGAUCAUAUGCUACAUUUAAAAGAAACAAGCACAGGAAGUGUAAGUAGCUUUGACGGCUGCAGCAGCCCAUGUCCCAGCACACCCAUUGAACAGAACUAUCAUAGGCAGCAUUCCAACUCAAAUAAUGUUGAAGGCACUGAAAUACACUGGAAACUGAUUCCCAUCACAGGAGGGGCAGGAAGAGUUCCUGAGGAGCAACUGAGAAAACAUGGAGAUAACAAAACAGGUUUGAAAUCUCCAGAUGAGGCAUUGGCUUAUUCACCUCCAAAGGAUGCUUUUGAAAAUGACCCCCGGGUAAUAAACAGGCAAAGAAGUUCUGAUUAUCAGUGUGCAUACUCUGCAUUUUCAGAUGUACAAAAGGGAAAGAUAGAAGAUGGAGUGUAUGCAGGUCAAGAGGAGAAAUGUGAAGAUGAGAGUGAACUUGAGAGAAAUCACUGUGUAGCAAGUGAACACUCUAUAAGUAGAAUAAUCGAAACAGUAAUAGUGGAAGAAUACAAUCUCUUUAUCAAUAACAUCCAGGAUAUUUUACAGCAGAAGAAUAUUACAUAUGUCGGUGGAAUAUCCAAACCUGUCCUUUCCGCACAGGAAAGUCUGAGGAAACUUUCUGAAUAUAUAUGUUUACAGGCAUCGGAUAUUGCUAUCCAGGAAUAUGUAGAGAGACUGAGUGAAAAGCUAAACAAUGUUGCUUUGACAUCUUCAUAUGGUAUCCAGAGUGUGUCGGUUCCUUCCAGUCCUGGGCUACCAGAUGAUUCAGUUACUGACACUGGAUUGAAUCUGUCCUCAGAAGAGCUUGUACCUCUUCCAAGUGACUUCGACGUGGGACAGUGUUCAGAGCUACCAUGUAAUAGUGAAGAUGGAGAUUCAAAUGUUAAUGAGCAGCAUCAGUUGCUGAAUUUGGACACAGGAAAAGAACAGAGCCCAAUGAACACCAACACAGAGGUGAAGUUGCCAGCUGAUCUAAACAUCUCUACUGCCAACACCUUACAACAAACAGAUAAGACCCCAAAGCUUGUAGAUAAUUCAAACUUUACAGCCCAGCCUGCCCUGGCCGGUUUAAUAAGCCAAUUAAAACCUGAAGUGUUUGACAGCUUUGUCAAAAUUAUUAAAGAUGUCCAAAAAAACAUUGUGAAAUUCUACAUUCACGAAGAGCAAGAGAGCACACUUUGCAAAGAAAUAAAGGAAUACCUUACUAAUCUAGGUAAUACAGAGUGCCACCCUGAGCAUUUCUUAAGAAGAAGGGCUGACUUGGAUAAGUUGCUUAUAAUUAUUCAAAAUGAAGAUAUUGCCAAUCUAAUUCAUAAGAUACCAUUUUUAGUCGCUUUGAAGCGGCUGUCAUGUGUCAAUUUUGCUGGUGUUGACAGUUUGGAUGAUGUGAAAAAUCAUACUUACAAUGAAUUAUUUGUUUCUGGUGGCUUCAUUGUCUCUGAUGAAUCUGUCCUCAAUCCAGAGUUGGUCACAGUUGACAAACUUAAGAGUUUUCUGAAGUUUCUUGAAGAGUUGAGUACUCCAGAUGGAAAGUGGCAGUGGAAAGUUCACUGUAAAAUACAGAAAAAAUUGAAGGAACUUGGGAGAACAAAUACAAAUGCCACAAGCUUGCUGACACUUCUGAAUGCUUACCAAAAGAAACACAUGGUUGAGAUUCUGUCGUACCAUAGCUGUGAUUCUCAAACUCGAAAUCCUCCAGAAUUAGAUUGUCUCAUUAGACUUCAAGCUCAGAAUAUACAACAAAGACACAUUGUCUUCUUGACAGAAAAGAAUGUGUUAACAUUUGGAACUUACACUGAUAAUGGAAUUGUGGUUACUACAGUGGAUUACUUCAUGCACAACUUUAAAAGUCUUGUUGGUUACCAUAAUUCAAUUACUGAAGACAAUUGCCUUUCUGCCCCCAUUGAUCAUGAAAGACAAUCAGUUCUUGUAGAAAAUGAUGAAAAGGAUGAGGAGGACAUGUCUUUGGAUUCAGGGGAUGAAACAUCACAAAUAGAAGUUUGCAAUGAUGCCUCAAAGUAUGAUUCCCACUUGGAAGCUUUUCAGACAGAGACCAAAGGAUCACUUGGAACAGACUCUAAGCAAAACUCUCAAACUGAUGCACUAUUGUCUACUGAACGACGACACUGCCUUCUGAAAGAAAAUGCUUCUAAAAUUGACAUGCAGAAUAUUCAGCCAGUUACUCCUGUUUCUACAACAUGCUCUACUGAAGGAGAGAGAAUGAAUUCAUUCGAACAAGGUCCUCUCAAUAACUGUCAGAUUUACAAUAGACAGUUAAGUGUGUCGCAUCAGUUCAGUCAUUUUAAUGUUCUCACUCAUGAGACAUUUUUGGGAACAACGUACCCGAUGUCUACAAGUCAGAACCAAGAAGGUGGGAACUACUUUCUGUCAGCCUACAGCCAGAACAUGGAUAUGGACCAGUCUUCAUCUCCCAGUAAUUGGGAUGGCAGUUGUGAAUCUUCCAGGGCGUUUUCCAAGCAGAAUUAAGCAAAGCUGAAAUGUUCUUUUUCUAAUUUGUUGUGGACUUUUCUGUUUAAAAAAAGUGAAUUAACUGUUUUUAUUCUCCGAUCUAAACAUUUCCUGUCUCUUAUCUCAGAUGUUUUCCUGUCUUAUUUAAAUCAUGAAUGGUCUGUACCAGGUGAAGCACCUGAAGUUUGAAAUAAAUAUAUAUAUUUUUUAACAUUUAUUGUACUUGAAUGAACUUGUUUGGCACUUUUAAGUUUUUACAUUUUGUAGUUCAUGUGUAAUUGAGACUUCCAACUUGAAGUCUGUCUCACUGUAAACUGAAUGUUUGCCAGAAGCAUAUGUGGAAGGCGAAGGCUUCAUUUUUAAAGCAAAGUGUAACAGGAUAUUCAAACCAUUUUUCCUUUAUCAAAGCUGUUCUGUACGUAUGUGAAAGUUUUGUACAAAAUCUUUAUAUAGCUAUAAAGGCAGUUUUAGUUACUUUAACAAAUAUUCUGGAUUUUUGGCUACAUACCUCAGUUAGAACAAACGAUGGGUGCAGUUCAUUUUGAAAAUAAAAUCAUCCAGAUGGGA